AUGUUACACAUCCGUGCACUCACGACAGCACUUGCCGCACUAGGCAUGGGCACCAUAGUACAGGCUGCGCCAUACUAUUCCGGUGGCUACUUCAACACAUCUGCUCCCAGUGCAACAUCCUCAUCUUCGUCUUCGUCUUUGAGUUCCAGUUGCAGCAGUGACGUGACACUUACUUCUACUUCGAGUGUCACCGUCUACAGUUCUUCAGCCUCGGGCACGGAGACGUCAUCGACUGCUUCGGCAGCAUAUUCGCCGGUUGCCACGCCAUACAUAACGGGUGAGUACGAGAAUGGAUCGCCAGUGUGGUCGAUCUACAUUCCGGAGUACGCAUUUCCAGGAUUUGAUGGAUUCAGCGUUGAAACUGUGGGCCACACAUCAGGCUUUGAGUUCUUGUCAGGCUCGUUGUCGCUCUUUGCCGGCUCCCUAAACUCGUUUACGGACAUAUCUAGUCUCUUGAGCACAGACUUCAGCGAUGGCUCUUUCACGGGCUCGUACUCGGGUUCAACCAACGACAACUACUUGAAGAUCGUGAUCAAGGGUACGGUCAGCGACGAAAACACAAAGAGCUUUGUGUCGACCUUCGGCCUCUACAUUGACGUGGAUGACUCGGCCAUCCAGAAGAGAUCCACGCUAUACUACGAGUUCACCAACACGGUGACUGUUCCAGGCAUCGUGACCACCAACACAUACCUUUCGUGCUCCGGAGACAACUGCGAGACCUUGACUUCAACGCAGUACGUCACGGCUGCAGCCUCAACCACGGAUGAGAGCAUGGAAACCGUGUACACAACGACAAUCUCCGGCUCAGAGACCGUUGUCACGUCGUUCAUUCCACUCACGGAUUCAGACGAGACAACCACCACUUACACUCACGAGGAUGUGACUGCAACCACCACUGUGAUCUGCCACAAGACCGUGUGCGAGACCAAGGUGUAUCCAGUGUCCUCUUCCACCGUCUACACCACAGUUGUCAACGGUGAGACUCAGAUCGUCACCAGCUACAUUCCAAUCACUGCCGCUGCCACCGGUGUCACAUCUGGUGUUGGUGGAAGCUCCCCAGUGACCAGCGAACCGGUCACCACGGUUACAACUGUUGGAUCCAAUGGAAAGACCACCGUCUACACCACAGUUUGCACGGAGUGCGAGCAUAAGAAGACCGCCUCGUCCUCUGCUUCCGUCUCCUACAGCACUGUGACCACCACCGGUGAGAAUGGCGCAACCACCACCUAUGUCACCACCUGCCCAUAUUCGAAGACUGUUGUGACCGAGACCGGCUCUGCAACUGAGGCUGAGGGUGCAACGAAGACAGGAGGUGAGAAUGAGGGCUCUGAGACUGGUUCUGAGACCAGCUCUGAAACUGAAGGUGCAGCCGAAAACAACAAAGUCACUUCGUACACCGUGUCGACCGUCACUUCCGUCUCCAACGGUGCAACCACCAUCUACACGACCACCUGCCCACUCAGCUCUGCAACCAGUGCUGCUUCGAAGGGCAACGGCGAGGCCAGUGGUGAGGAAGGUGGAGAAAGCAGCGGAGAAACUGCAACCGAGGGAUCUGCAGAAACUGCAACCAAGGAAUCUGCAGAAACCACAACUGAGGGAUCCGGAGAAACCACAACUGAAGGAUCGACGCAGUCCAACGGCGAGGCCACAGUGGAGUUGGCAAGCUCAUCAGUGGUGAACGUUCCUGCCGAGAGUGUGGUCUCAGCAAGCAAGAUUGUCUACACAACGAGCACAAACGGCGUGGCUGCAACCUUGACCACUUACUACACUCCUAUCAGCGAGACUUCUGGUUCAUCCAGCUUUUCGCAUGCCUCUGCAACCUCAGAGGUGCCUGCAGUCAGCGUUCUUUCUGCAAAUGCCGCCGCUACAAAGAUGCUCAACGCUGGUGCCAUUGGCUUUGCUCUUGGUGCCGCAUUUUUGUUGUGA